AUGGCGCGAUGCCAGGGGACCGUCGAGAGCCUCUGCCAGGGGCUGCUCGACCUCGACGACGACAAGUUCAGCGCAAUGUGCAGCGCCUUCGGCUACCUCCAGGAGUGGCCGGACCUGGGCGCCAUGUGCGGCACGAAUCUCGGCGUGCCUGCCGUGGCGACGGCGGCGCCGAGCGCCGGCGACGGCAACGACUCCUCCUCUUGCAGCGGCAGCGGCGGCGGAUGCAGGAAGAGGAGACCGGACGCGUACCUCGAUGCCAAGGGUGGUGCAAACGACAUGAACAAGAGAUCCAGAGGGAAGCAGCAGUCUGGCCUCUCUGAGAUCGCGGCGCCCGGGAAAGGGAAGCAGCAGGAGCGACCAAAGGCAGGCACCAAGAAGAAGGCGGAGCCUGCGUCGACGGCGGCGGCGGCGGCGGCGGCGGCAGCGGCUUCCGGCCAGAAGACCGACUACAUCCACGUCCGGGCCCGCCGCGGCCAGGCCACGGACAGCCACAGCCUCGCCGAGCGGGUGAGGAGGGAGAGGAUCAGCGAGAGGAUGCGAUACCUGCAGGAGCUGGUGCCCGGGUGCAGCAAGGUCACGGGCAAGGCCGGCAUGCUCGACGAGAUCAUCAACUACGUCCAGUCCCUUCAGAAGCAAGUCGAGUUCCUGUCCAUGAAGAUCGCCGCUUCCAACCCCGUGGUGAGCUUCGACAUCGUCGAGGACCUCUUCGGCCGGCAGCUGAAGCAGGCGUGCAGCCCGGCGGCAGCCCUGCCCGCGAUGGCUCUGCCGGCCGGCCAGCUGGAGCCGUCCGGCCUUCAGAUGAGCCCCAUGCAGCAGGUGCACCCAUCUGCAGCGGCAGGCUCCACUGGCUUUGGGCUGGACAUGGUCGUCAACAACCUGUACGCGCCCGCCGCCGCGAGCUGCCCUGUGUCGGCUGCCCCGUCGGUAUCGGUGGCGGCCGGACCGUCGACGAUCGAGCCGUGCCUCAACGUGAAUGGAACUGCUGCCUGGGACAUUGGCGCCCAGAAUUUGUUCAGCGGAUUUGAUGCACAAUUUCAGUCAGUAGAAAGUGAGCAGCUGCUUCCUGAAGGCCAAGCCAGCAGUUACUUUGCCUCAUGUGAAAUGAAAGAACACAAUCGUGGUUAG